AGUCACCGGACCCUUAAACCCGGAAAUACUGACUCGGCGCUGCUUGCCCAAAACUAAAUACAUUUUUUUAUGUACUUUAGGCUGAGUUUGUGCAUAUCAUGGAGACUCAUGCCUAGUGGGUAGACCAACUUGUCAGAAAGAUCAGAUCAUAUUACCCUUCAAUUUCAAAUAACUGACGUUGGCUGUUGUGUGUGGUGAUUAAGGGCCUAGUACGGAUACGGUCAACUACGAGAUAGGCCAAACUGAAUUGCAGAGAAACAGAUCCGAACGACGGAGAGAAGCAGGUUGCAGCAGACCUGGAGUAACCAUGGCCAUAAACGCUCAAAGAUUACGGGAAUUGCCAGGGAAUGACAGAUGUGCUGACUGCCAAGACUGCGAUUGUCAAGAAUGCGGUUUUCCAGAUCCUGUAUGGGCUUGUGAGGAGUUAGGCAUUCUAGUAUGUGAAGAAUGUAUGGAUCUCCACUGUGUGCUUAGCAAUGCCACCUUCAAAUCCAUCAUUUGCCAAGACUGGACUGAAGAGAGCUAUAAGAAAAUGGCAUCAACAAACAACAAUGCCUCCAAGGAAAUCUAUGAGAAACAUCUCUGUCCUGCUUACAAGAAACCUACACGAUGCUUCAAUAUAGAAUUCAGAAAGCAGUGGAUCACGGCCAAGUACUUGCGUAAGGAGUUUGUAUCUGCUGAGAACCAACCCAAGUACAUGCAGGGUAAGAAGUCAGGUUACCUGUGGAAGCUGGGUCGGGACAGUCAAGUCUUCCAGCGACGAUGGUUUGUCUUGGAUCCAAGUGGGAAAGGCACACUGCGAUACUACACUGAUGCAAAUGAGCAGUCACUUCGAGGGGAGAUAUCCCUGUUCAAGAUGAAUAUGGUUCUUGCGUCACCCGAAAAGAUUGGUCAUCCAAACGGACUGCAGAUAGUCUACCCAGACAACAAGGGGCAAAAUACUCGCAUGAUCUAUCUCUAUGCUGAAAUGGCCAAGGAUAUGGUGGAAUGGUUCCAGGCAGUGCGAUGUCUUAAGUUUUUCAUUCGGAAAAGCACAAGUGUUGAUAAAGAUGAGGAUAUUAUUUCUCGUAUUCUGAAGUAUGACAUCCUUAAGGAGGGUUACCUGCUCAAGACUGGAGCCAAAGGCAAGGAGGCUUUUCGUAAACGCUGGAUUGUUCUGGACAAGAUGUGCCUCAUGUACUUCAAAGAACCACUGGAUGCUAAUCCCAAAGGUACAAUUCCUAUGAAGGGAGGUUAUUCCCUCAUCCUGAGUGGACAGCUGGACCCAGAGAAUCGAGGCUUUCACUUUUACCUGAAGACUCCAGGCAGAAUCUACCAUUUCAUUGCAGAUAGUGACCAUGAACGUAAAGCAUGGUUCAAUGCCAUUCAUGCCGCCUGCAACAGGGCUAGUGGAGUGUGUUCCAAGAACAAAGGUCCUACUCUAGCAGGUGGAAAAUGGGUAACAGCCUCGUCACCUCCAACACAAGUAGAAUCAUCACAUAAGACGAAGGAGAACACUUCCAGCCCUGAAGGUUCAGCAUCAUCAACAUCCAGAGAAAGUGUCCUUGAUAUCACCAAGACAGCUAAGGCAUCCCCUGGUCCUGGAGGAGAAGACAGCUCAGAUGUAGACGAUAACUUUGUGGCUCUCUCUGCCCCCUUUGCUGGUGUCAGGCCAAGCACUAAGCCACGCCCCCAACACACCCUUGCUGAUUAUCAUGGGCGGGGUCAUGGGCGUGGUGGGGGUGGCGCACAUGGACGUUACCACCACGCAGAGCUCAAGCACCAGCCAGCUGUAGAGGUUGCUGAAGGUGUCACUGAAGAAGACCCCUAUAUUGAGUUUACCACCGAAGAAGAUGAAACCCUUGAACCUGAAGAGGACACAGAAGACAGCUCUGACGAUGAGGAAGAAUCGCCAUACAUUGAACUGGAUGGAGAGAAAGUAGUCAUGAUGCAGAAGGUAGAUAUGAUUGGUAUGACUACCAAGCAGCUCUCAACUCACCUCAAGGUGCCACGUAAGGCAUUACCACAGUCAUCUAGCUGUACCAUGUGUGUCAGCUUAGUGUGGGAUACACUACCCAACCUGCCAGACUCUGAGGGCUAUGUCUUGGUGUCACCCAUCGUCAGUUGCUGUAGUAUGCCAAGGGAUGUAGCUUUGCUGCAGCCAUUUCAACUGGAGAUCCAGCAUAGUGCCAUAUUGAAGGAUGUAGCAAACUGCAAGCCUAUGAUUUGGCAUCUCCAGAAAGACCCAGGCAAGUUCUUCAAGUGGGAGAAGGCUGACCAAGGUAGUUUCAACAUGACCUGUAGAGCCUUUUACCGCAACUUCCUCAUUGAGACUACAAGGACUGGUUGCUUUGCCAUUAUGGUUCCGUCAGAGAGUAUUUCCGGCAAGCUAAUUCGUUGUAUGACCUACAUCUCCUCAGAACAAGGAGACGAUCAUUUGGUAGCCAGGGUGUACUUCUUUGGGGAUAAUGGCAGUGACGAUGUUCUCCAUGAGAUCCAACGACGUGAGAACACUUACCGUGGUCGACUCUGUGACAUCUCCUGCUCUUUUUUCUUGGCAAACACUGAGGAUAACAUUUUGAUGAACAUGUCCGAGCUGGAAGGAAUGGAGUUAUACUUUGGAGGCAAUGAGCCAAUGACAAUUACAUCUGAGGAAGUUUGGCAAAAACAACUGGUAUGUUACAUGGCAGAGAUCAUUAAGAAGAAUCCAACAGGCCAAUGCACAAUCAAUGUGUGGCAGGAGAAUACAGAUGCAGAGAAGUACCCCAUUCAGAUGAAUCUACAAUUCUCUAAUGAGGAAAAGUACCCGGUGAUUGCCCCUGUGCCUUACCUCCAUACACAUUUGCCACAGCCAACAACUGUUCCUGUCAGAUGCCAUCAGGCAGUGUCAAGAGUUUCCUCUGCCCCCUUAGCUCAGAGACCAAGCCCCUCCCUCAUUGCUGACAGACCCAGGGAUACCCCUCAUGCCCGCUCUGUGCCAAGUCGAAGCCGUGCUGCUGAUGCUGUUGCCAGCACUUGUUUGCAGGACAACAUGCUGCCAUUUGCCGUCAAACGAGAUCUGUUUUUACUAUUGGACACCAAGGUAGCAACAGGUAACGAUUGGCGUAUGUUGGCCAGCCAGCUUGGUCUAGAUGCUAUGAUCUACUGCUUUGACAUGCAAAUCAACCCUACCAUGGAAGUACUGAAAGCCUUUGAAACUAUGAAUCGUCCUCUGAAUGAGCUUGAGGAGCAUUUGAGGCUUAUUGGUAGAGACGAUGCAGCUGACAUUAUCAAGACUUACCUAGAGAAAACCAGAAAGGAGAAAAAAUAAAACAAUAAAAAUCCUAUUUCUAAAUGGCAACAGCCUAAUCCGGUUGAAGAAUUGCAGAAGUACAUUAGAUGUAAUGAGUCACUCCAGCUAUUGCAUAAGGUUACGUUGGCCAUUGCAUUUUGGAAGACCAAUCUUUUCACCUGUAAUCUUAGCUGCUAAAUAUUUCUAAUUGAAAUUUCUUUAAAAAAUAGGAAAUUGUGAAAUCCACUGAAAAUUAUUCUAGAGGGGCAUAGCCACCAUCACCAAAUAAAUUUGUUAUUCAAAGGCCUUUAUGCUCAGAUGUAACCUAUUUGUAUUACUGUCUGCGUGGGCUUAAAAUUCUUGUUAAAGCUCCUAUUCAUAAAUACGCAGGACAGUUUUUCUGUUCCUAUUGGUCGAAGUGCAUCGUAGAGGGGAUAUAGUGGGGGAGGGGGCAUUGUAGAGGGAAGAUGGUG